AUGCAAUCUGUUGUCGUUGAGAAAUCAAAACAAUGCUUUUUCCAGAUGAACUUUGGCGGAGGUUGGGCUCCAUGGCACAACCCGCCAAAUCCUGAAUCUCAUUCAUGGCACAAUCCGCCAAACUUUGAACCUCAUUCAUGGCGUCCAUAUGCAAAUAACCAAGGCGGAGGUCCGAUGCGCCAACAACCUCCACAGCAGAUACAUCCACAGCAUAUGCAUCCACAACAUAUACAUCCACAACAUAUGCAUCCACAACAUAUGCAUCCGCAACACAAUCAUAAUUCGAGAAAUGGGUGGUUAGACGUGUUAUCAAAUCCAUAUUUUUCAAGAAACAUUCAUGCACAGAACCAUAUGACAAAUUAUGAAAGAAACCGAAUGCAUCUUUUCAAUCAGCCACAACCACCUCCAGUGCAACGUCCAUUGAUGAAGAGACCACCUCCAAAGAACGAGAUGAGUGAAAUCGUUAAGCAAACUUUGAUGAAUAACGCCCAUGUUCCUGGAUUACGCACUGGUCUUCAAAUGCGAAAUGCCAUGCAACAACGAGCAAAAACAAGAGGAAAAAAUCAAGAAAAAAUAAUAAAUGCAAUGCAACUUGUGGUGAAUUUCUCAGUAUUUUCGGAAAGAAUCGAACUGAGAUGGCAGCAACCUACUGCUCGAAAAGAUAUUAAGUACGUUGUAAUUUUGGAGCACAUAAAAACAAGGGGAAUCACAACAAUCGAGAAAUCGUCGACAUCAAUGCAUUGUGAUCUUCAAGUAACAGCUGGAGAAACUUAUAAAAUUGAUGUUCAUUGCAAAUCAAAUGACGAUAAACCGUUUUUGAUUGCUGUGUGGUCGAAACAAAUUCGAGCAGAAUUCUGUUAUUCCGAACUGAAACAGCUUCUUCAAAAGUGUUAUUUCUUCGUUUCCCGAGGCAUAAAAGCAGAUCCUCAAAUGCACGAAUUCUGUGUAGUUUAUCGAUGCAAACCAAAGAUUUAUUGGGAUGAAAUUCAUCAUUAUUGCAAUGACGUUAUGCAAAAAUAUAUCAAAGACGAUAAUGGGCAACCUGGAAACUUGAUUAACGGGAAGAUAAACGGACUGUUCUUCUCGGCUCGCCUUCUCCCUGAUAUGACACUUCCUCAGUGUUCACCAUUUGGAAAUGUUCGAAUGAUUAUCAAUGCCUUCCUUAUUCUGAAUCCAGAAAGACAUAACUUCUACUUUUCUGACUUCUACUGUAACAAGAACAUACACUACGUGACGAUUGUCAUCUGUGUCAUUGAUUCUGAAACGGAUAGAUACUGUCGAGAGAAGUUGGUCAGAAUAAAUCCUCUGUCCAAUCCAUUUGUGAAAUUGAUUCCUCCGACUGAUAGAUUUGGUCAAUGGAGAUUUUAUAUCAAUUACACGUUGUGGGUGGAAUUGUAUUACACGGAAGACAUACAAUUGGAUAUGGGCCAAUUCUCAGCAAUUAUGGCAACAGGAGCAGGAACAUCGAAAAUUGGAGGGCUUCCUAAUAAUAAGCAUUGUAAUAUGUGUAAUUUAUAUCCAAUUGGAAAGAAGAAACUUGUAACAGUGGAAGAAGCGAAUCGUAAUGUCACAGAUUUGGAUUCAACAAUGGCAGCGAUACUUCGAGAGGAUAACCACGUGGAUUCAGAAGUGGCUGAUACUUUGGCAUUCCUGAUAGACCGUGUUGAAGAAAGAAGUUUGAGUUCAGAGGAGCUCACUGAGAAGCUUGACAAAAAUCUUGUUCGAGCUGUUGAGGUUAUGAACAAGAUUGUUUCAAAAGAUAAAGCUAGUACACUUGCUUCGAUAGCAAAGAAUUUGAAUGAUUUCAUCAGUGGAUUCAAUAAAAGAAGAGAUGCUCUGAUCCAAGAAGUCAAGAAAUUGAAAUCUUCCAGUUAG